GUGACGACUAGUGUCCGGAAAGUCUAGUGCAGACUUUGUAAAAUGGCUGCUGAAAAUGGGCAGAGAACAACAGAGGUAGUUAGGGGACAAGUGUUUGAAGUAGGACCACGAUAUACUUCACUUUCUUACAUUGGUGAAGGUGCAUAUGGAAUGGUAGUGUCAGCGGUAGAUAAUAUUACAAAGGAAAAGGUAGCAAUAAAAAAGAUUUCUCCAUUCGAACAUCAGACAUACUGCCAGAGAACAUUACGAGAAAUCAAAAUUCUAACCAGGUUUAGGCAUGAAAAUAUAAUUGAUAUAAGGGACAUCUUAAGAGCUCCUACCAUAGACCAGAUGAAAGAUGUAUAUAUUGUGCAAUGUCUUAUGGAGACAGAUCUAUAUAAACUUUUAAAAAUCUAUAUAACUCAAAAAUUGGGAAACGAUCACAUUUGUUAUUUUUUGUAUCAGAUACUGAGAGGUUUGAAAUAUAUACAUUCUGCAAAUGUGUUACAUAGAGAUUUGAAGCCAAGCAAUUUGUUGCUAAACACAACCUGUGAUUUAAAAAUUUGUGAUUUUGGUCUAGCUCGUGUAGCUGAUCCAGAUCAUGAUCAUACAGGUCUCUUAACAGAGUAUGUUGCUACUCGAUGGUACAGAGCACCAGAAAUAAUGUUAAAUAGCAAAGGUUACACAAAGUCAAUUGAUUUGUGGUCAGUUGGUUGCAUUUUAGCUGAAAUGUUGUCAAACAAGCCCAUUUUUCCAGGCAAACAUUAUCUUGAUCAGCUUAAUCAUAUUUUGAAUAUUGUGGGUUCCCCUUCACAGGAAGACAUGAACUGCAUCAUCAAUGAAAAAGCCAGAACAUAUUUGCAAUCUUUACCUAGGAAACCCAAGGUUCCAUGGACAAGUUUAUAUCCUAAUGCUAAUGUCCAGGCUUUGGAUUUGUUAGAUAAGAUGCUUACAUUUAAUCCUCAUAGAAGAGUGACUGUUGAAGAUGCUUUAGGCCAUCCAUAUUUCACAGAGUAUUAUGACCCAGAUGAUGAGCCUGUUGCUGAGGAACCAUUCACGUUUGAAAUGGAAUUGGAUGAUUUACCCAAGGAACGACUAAAAGAACUUGUCUUUGAAGAAACUGUAGCCUUUCAAAGAAGAAUGCAAAUGGAACAUCCACAAUAAUCUUACAGAAAGAAGUGAUAACAUGGGUGCUAUGCACCACUUGUUCCAAUGGAAAAAAAAAAAAGGUGUCAUUAAAAAUUCCUCUUCUUGAAUUCCCAAUGUUUCUCUUUGAAAAAAGAAAAAAAUUGGAAAAAAAAAAGCAAAUUUUACUCAGAGGCCUGGUGCCAAUCUGUAAAACUGCUUAUAAAUGUGAUGUACAGUUUUCUUAUAUCUAUUCUUAUUGCCCUUUAACAGCUGUGCAUUGAUGGACCACUGAGAAAUAAUUGAACACUGUGAUUAUGUGUCUUUAAUAUUGGCAAUUUCUCAAAUGCUGUCUUUAAAGUAAUUAUUAGAUAAUUGUUGGAUUUAUUGGUUGUCAAGUAAUCUUGUCUAAAUUUUCUAGAGUAAGUUAUUAGGGAUGUGUAAAUACAUAAAGAAGCUUAUAUUUUAUGAAAAUAAAUCCUUUUUAUGUAAUAGAAGUUAAGGAGGAUAAAAGAUUCACAGUUCUUAGCUUCUCACAAAAAGGGAGGAGGGAAUCAGGAAUAGAAAGUUCUCUACACACUUUAUUUUCAAAAAAAGAAGGGAGUAGUUAAGCUUUGUCAUUGCAUUAUUUCUGGUCUGUUAUGAGGAACUAUUAAGGAUGUUGAGUUUUUAAAUUUUUUUUUUUUUUUUUUUGGCUUUCCUUUUUUGUUAAAAUACACAUAAUAAAAAUUUCUUUGGCAUUUUUUCAAAAAUUGAAGUGGCAUGCAGUUGUGUAUUUAAUGCGAGAUCGGUAGUUCGACUCUAAUUCGGGCAAACCUAACCUUGCAGCUUCCUAAUGUGUUACCUUCACAAUGCUGCCAGGUUGGGUUUGCCCCGACUAUAGUACGGCAACAGUUUACCUUGAAACAUCUUUGCAGGAUGCGUACGCUCCUUAGUUUUUAUUUUCCCUUUUGGCACUUUUUGUGUAAUUUAUAAUAGUUUUCAUUGCUUCUUUUAAAAACCAACAUAUUCCCUUAAAGCAUAUUCUUGUGCAUCAUUAUUAUCUUUAACACGCAAAUGCACUAAAUACUGUUGUAUUUUUACUCGACUAACUUUCAAAGUUAUAGUUAAAUAAGAGUGCAAACAAAAAUCAUGCAAGUUAAUGUUUAUAACAAUCAAUAUUCUUAACUGUUUUUGAAACAAAUUUAACAUUAUUCUCAUACAGUCAUUUAUUUGGCAUUAGUCUAAUAUCAGAUUCUGCUUUUUUUUUUUUGGAAGGCUAUUAUUAAGAGUACCACAGAAAAUAUUGUAUAUCCAUAACCUAGUAAACUGAAAGUUUUUACCAUAUUCUGUAGUGACUACACUUAAUUUAUGCUGGUUGGUUGGCAUCUCAAUAUUGUUGGAUCAUCAAAAUACAUAUUCUUGUACUGUAAUGCUGAGACUUAAAAUUUUAUACCUACUAUUCCAUCUAUUUCUGUAACUUUUUUUUUCAAAGUAUAAAGCUUGCACGUCUGUCAUUUUGCCUAGUUUGUUCAAGAAUUUUUGUUCACUUCGCACCUGAGAUCAGUAAAUAUUAUUCUAUAAAACUAAAUUCUUUUCUAUUGAUUUAUAUCUUAGGCCAUAUUGAGAAGGAGUGGUACAAGAUAAAAUUUAUGAAUUACAUUGAGAAAAUAUGUAACGGACAUUGAGAAUAUAUAUAUAAUGGAAUGCAACAGUUGUCAUUUAUUGUUCCCACGGGUCUUGCAUUUCAUUUUGCUGACUGGGGCUAUAAUCCCGAAGUUUGCUGUGGUUGCUCUUAGGAAAGGAAAGUAUCUAGAUACAUUUUUUAAUAUUCAACUCCUUGUUGCUUAUUGAAUAUUUCAUGAGAAAAUUAGGUAUGUGGCACAUACAAGAAAUAAUACUAGAAGCUGUUAAAGAAAUACAAAGUUUAGAAACUUGGUUUAGAAAUAAUUCUAGUAUUUCUAACAUUUGCAUAAUGUGUUUAUGCUAGUGAGAUUUUGAGAAAAAAAUAUUUUAUGUAUAAAUAAUUUUAAAUUGGCAUAACUAUAAGUAUUUUAGUUCUCAUUGAUCCCUGUCCCACUUUUAUAAUAGCAAUUGCGUUAAGGCUGGAUCCAAUUUCAUUCAAAACUAUUAACAUUGGUGUAUGGUACUGUAAUGUUGUAUGAUGUUUUUGGAUAAGUACUUCAAAAAUGAGAUCAGUUUUUAAUUUUUAAUUUAAAAACAAUGUAUUGAUAACCUUUUUUCUUUUCAUAUUUAUAAGCUGGAUAAGAAUUAUUUGACCCCCACCCCCUCCAAAAAAAAAAAAAACUCAUGAAUUAGCUAAGUUCUAUACCCCUCAGAAAAAUCACAUUCUGUUGUAAAUCAAAAAAGAUGAUUUGUUUUCAAAUUAUUUCAUAAAUUCAUCUCUCAAGUUCUUAAAGACUUCAUGUUCAUAUGUAAAACCAAUUAAUUGAAAAUGUUGAUAAUCAACAGUGAAUAUUCUAAGAUUUUAUUUCAUGCUUAGACUUUCAGAGGAAUUUUUUCAAACACAAGUAAAUGAAAACAGUUCCAGCAUUUAUGUCUGUUAUAUUUAGUGUUGGGUACAUAACAUUUCCACUACUGAUUUACCCAUGUAGUAAAUAAUAGUUAGUUCCUUUACAAUGUUUAGUAAAAUCAUAAAUAACAAGACUUCAUCAGAACAAAAAGGUUAAGAUAUAAAUAGCUGUAUUACUAGUAAGUUGUGCAAAGUGAUUACUUGCAUAAUUUUAAUAUAUUUUUUGGUUGGUUUCUUCAAUGAAAAGCUCAUUUAAAUUUUACAAUUUCGAAUAAAAUGCAUUUCCAUGUUUAUUUGUAAAUAAUUUGUAUAUAUUUUGUACAUAUAUUUAUAUUUAAGAAAAAGCAAGUUCCUUAUAUAGCUAUUAUUAUUUGUUCAAUUUGCAUUACUUUGUGAAACAUUUAUAUUGGCUUAUUUUUUUCAAUUUUAUCUUUAAAAAAAAUUCUAAUGGAAGGAUUCUGGCUUGAUUUUAAAUAUCAUCACAUGUGUUUAGUAAUAAAUACUUUUUUAAUGAGUAGUUGCUACACAAGAUUACAAGUUGGAUUUGUAAAGACCAAUUCUAAUGGUAUUUUCAUGCAAAACAAAUUUUAAAGUUCAUUUUUUUAAUAAUUCAAUAUUAUUGUUCUUACAGGUAUUUGCCUCAGUUAAAAAACCAUAAGCUUUUAAAGAAAAGGUUUUUUUUUUUAAAUAUAUCAAUCUAUUAAUAAUAGUUUGUAUGUUUUAAAAUUUCAGUACAAGGAAAAUUUAAAAUGCUAUAAUUAGUUGAAUUUUUUUUUUUAGCAAAUAUGCUUUUAACGUAAUUGUUUUUUAGGGGGAGGGGGGUCUUAAUUCAAAUAAUUCUAUUUCCUGGUGUAUUUGGGACAUUAAUUUUACCCUUUAUGUUGAAUAGUUGCAUCAAAGCUACUAAUUUAACUAAUGGUUUCGUAAAUUAGUGGUAACUUUGUUAAAAUGAACUUUCUUCUGAACAUUAGCUUGUAUAAUGAUAAAGCUAUGCGUUAUAAAAUUUUAAUAAAUAGUUAUUUAUGCUCAUAAUAGCAGACACUAGAUGUAUUCAGUGUUCUGGUUGUGCUGUGAAUUAUUUUAUUUUUUUGUUAUAUUCUAUUGUUGAACAAAAUCUAUGCCAACAUAACUUGUCAUACACAGAAAAAAAAACUUCUUUGGGAAGAGACUUAUUUAGUAAAUGAAGUAGCAAAUAUAUAUACAUAUAUAUCUACCUUCCUGAAAAAUGGUCAAAUCAGCUCUACAAAGAAAAACGUAAAUAAUAAUCUGUCGUCAAUCAUUAAAAACUUUUUUUUAUUCAAGACUUUUCAUGUAAGGUAUAAUUCAUAAAAUACUGUAUAGAAACAAAGCAUAAAUUUCUUGUUUCUUGAUUUUACGUACAUAAUUUAGUCCAUGUUUACAUGCAUCAAUAGUUUUUAUAGUAAUAAUUUAAGAACAUGUUUUAUAUUUGCACAUCCCUAAACAAUAUUAAUUUCUGUACUAAGAAUUCAGUUUGUCUUUUGAUAGUGUAUCUAUUUUAUGUGCUUAGUUUAAAAGGGAAAAAAAUAGGAAACUGUUCAAUUUAAGCAAAGCAUUUUUUUAUUUUGUGUUUUUUCACUUUUUCAUGAUUUUGUAUUAUAUCUAACAUGUUGAUCUUUUAAGUUUUCAUGCAUUUUUUUUAGAAAAGUGGUUCUUAUUGUUUUUUUUAAAACUAAGUCAUACUGUUGUUCUUGAACAUUUUCAUUGUACAUUUAUCCUGAACAAAAAUUAGCCAAAUAUAAAAAUAAAAUGUUACUGUAAAUACUAUUUCUGAUUUCUAGUGAUUUAACUUAAAAUUAGUGGCAGAGAGUUAAGUCGCUCCAGAGACAUUUGAAAUAUUGACUGCUACUAAAAAUGUCAUGUUUAUAGAAGUAUAAUGAAGGCAAUGCUACUAUUUCUGAAUGUAUAAUUUUCUUUCCCAGUUCGUGGAACAUAUAGCUAGUGGUAUUUAAAUCACAAAUGUUACUGUCAUUAUUAAUGUUUUAUGCUGGGAAAGUUUUAAUUACAAAUGCAUUGGAGUACUAAAUUUAGUACAGAACCAAAAAAAUUUUUGAAAAGAAAUAAUGGUGCUAUCCAAAUGUAAUUGCAGCAAUAGUCAUGUAAGAGGAUAUGUUUUUAUGUGCAUUAGGAAACCCCACUCUGAAAGAGACUUUCAUAACAUUUCAGUUUAACUAUAAAAAAGGAAGAGAAAAAAACUUUUAGUAGUGUGUUAGAUCUUUCCGUUUCAAAUGAGCAACAAAUGAAAAUGAUGAACAAACAAAUAUUCCUAUCUAAAUAAUUUCAUGAGGGAUGAUGCACAAAUUGAAAAAAAAAGGGCAUGUAAAAAUUGGGACGUUUUACUUUUGUGUGAAAUGCUGAAUUUUAUGGUUUUCAUCAGUUCAAAUUGUCUCGCAUCUUAUCAUUUUGGUCAUAAAGAAAUAUUACAAUGUGAUGGGGUUUUUUUUUAAAGAAAGCCAUAACUUAGAUAAUGUGAAAACAGUGUGAUCUAUUAUGUAAAAUGAUCACAAACUAAUGCGGCACCAUAAAAGCACAAACUAGUUACUGUGACAAGUGUAUGAGCUUGCUAAUGUUUCUUCCGAGUUCAAAAUACUUUGUUUUCAAAAAUAACUAAUUGCCACAAAAGGCAACCAUUCCUUCUCCAGUGAAACAAAAGUAAAUUUUCCUCCCUCUUCUGAAAAAAAGAUUUUUUUACACAUAAUUUAGGGGAAUACAGUAACCCCUUGAUUUAACGAUUGACAUGGAACUGGAAAAAGUUAUCGUUUUAUCAAGGAUAUAGUUAAAUCUUGACAUUCAAUGCACUCAAAUCCAGACCAGUAAAAUGUAUCAUCAAAUUGAGCAAAUCAUUCAAUUGGGUAUCGUUAAAUCAAAGUCAAACUAUAUAUAAGAAGGUAUACAUAAAAAUUAAAGUUACUGUUUUUUAAUGUUGAGAAAACUUCAAUGGUAUAGGCAUUAUUAGUUACUGUUGCUUCCUGCUAUCAGUGUACUUAUUCACUCUAUCCUAGUUUGAACAUUUGUGAAAAAGACGCAUUUAAAAUUAAGAAAAAAAAGUUAACACUGAUUGAGUAAUAUACCUUCGUCGAAAAAAUACACGAUUAUUGGGUGUAUCAAAAAUUAAUUUAGGUUACUAUAAAAAUGACAAAUAUUAGCAUGUGAAAAACUUGUAUUUUGCCUUUUACAUCAAUAGUAAAUAAAUGUUUAACUUCCAAGUAUUUUAUGAAAUUUGUGCAUAAUGUACAUCAAUCUUUUUAAAGAUAAUUGAUGAACUUUCAGCUUUUUUGUGUUGUGCCACUCUGAGAGUACUUCUUUCAACAUUAAAAUUAAAUACAACCUUUAUGAGCUGUACUUAAAAAUUGGGAUAUUGUUUUGUUACUGCCAAAAAAAAAAAACACUAUUGAUGGCCUUAUACUUUUCUAAACUGAUGCUCAUUCAAUGUGCUUGUAAUUGUUUUUAUUCAUCUAUUAUUUUCCAAAUUAGCUACAUAACAAGCUCCUUACCUACAGUGCUAUUAGAUGUAUUUUAUUUACUGGUGCUUAUAUCACCUCUGUUUUGCUGGAAAUUCUCUAGAAAAAGGAAUUCAGUUUCUUCUUUUUGCAGAAUUAAAAUAAUAGUAAACAAAUAAUUAAUUCCUUUCUUGAAAAAAAAAUUGCCAACUUCAAGUAACAUAUUAAGAGGAUUUAUAUUUGUAAUAGCCUGCCUAUAGUGCCUUAUCUUGUGCACUUUAUAUACAUUUCAGUUUAAAUUAUCUGCACUUCAUUUUUUCCCCACAUUCAAAUUUUUAAUAUUAGCAUUUUGUUCUAGCAAGCAGGUUUUAAUAAUGCAUUGCAUUACAAACACACAUGAGAAUGUAUGCAUAUAUAUUGUUUGAACAACGUGAUUUUCUGUGCUAGAAAAUUGUCAAGUCUGACAAAAAUUAAGCUCUUCUGCACAGCUGCACUAUUAUGACACUUUGUAAACUUUGCUGUCUUUACAUGUUUUCAAAUGUGUGUUUUUUGGAAUCAUUAACUACUAAAUUUUCCUUGGAGAAUCUAUAUGUAUUGAAUAUGUAACAUUUUUGUCUACAAUAUUGUUGUUCACUUUUUUUAAAUCUAAAUCUUGCAAUAAUUUUAUCAGUUGAAUUUUUCAGCCUCAGUGUUAUUCAAAUAGUUUUUUUGUUACUCGGCAAACGUUAAUUCCUUUUGAAAUAUUUUCCCUGCUACUUUAACAUUUUUCCAGAAAUUUUCAGUAUUUUUUAGCAGCUGCUUAUCUAAGUCUCUACUUAUUCCAUACAUGGCAUUUCAGAAAUAUUUAAUCUUCAAAAUAAUCAAUUGUAGAGCAGUAGAGUGUUUACUGCAUUAUUUUUUUUUAAGACAAUGUCCAACUACAGCGUAAUUCAGACAUCGUCCGCGCACCACGUUCGCCAUGUUAAGCGGACAGACGUACGUUUUCCAAAAAGGGAGAAGCAUUCAGAAGCAUUCUAAUGAGUAAAGCUCAUGUCAGUACUCUCACCCAAUAGAGACCGCGCUCAUCUCAUGGAGACCAAUGAAUUGCGACUACGAACUCUACGGAUGUCAGAUAUCUAGCUUCUCGUCCCGUUGAUGGAUCCCAUACAACACGGCUUACUGUCAUGGCAACGCAGAUCGAAAACUGGUUUUAGGGAGAAAAAAAGCUUUGCUCACGUGCGUACGGGCGACGUGUGAAUGUUGCUUGAUAUGUCCUAUCAAUCAUGAGCUGUAAAAUCUAUUAGAAAAAAUAUGCUGAAAUCUUCAUUUUGUCGAAAUUUUGCACCAUCCAUAAUGUUUUAUAACUAACUCGAGGAAACUCAAAAAGUUUCCAAAGAAUGCAUAUGACUGUGUUCCCAUGAUUUAAAUAAAUGCUCAUGCCCUUCAUGAAGAGCAUAAAAAAUGAUGGGCUUAGGUUUCAUUUUUUAUUCCAAGAUUUUUUUUUUUUUGUAGUUGAAUGAAUUCCAAGCCUGUAAAAGAGUACAUUCCUCUGCUUAUAAUUAAGUUUUUCUAAAUGUGUAUAUGCACUGAAGAAAAAUCCAGUUUUAAAACUGGGCUCUUGUUUAACGUAGUACUUUAAUGAUAAGAAUUGAAAAUUUCAGUAAAAAAUGUUCCUUAUGGGUUGGGCAAGUAAAGCAGUUUAUCCGGAUCUCGUUUGGAGUUUUGAACAAAAUUAUAUCCACUUAAAUAAUUCUAAGUUGUGAUAGCAAGAACGGAACAAACUAUAAAUACUUGCUCUUUAUUUUGAUUAAAUGUAUGGACUCCUGCAUGGGCCACGCAAUAAAAGAUAUUUCAUCUAAUAAACAUGGAAUUUUUGGAGUAUCAGUUAGAAACCACUGCAGCUGAAGUGUUAGCGAGUAACAAUCCUAUGCAUUUUUGUUAUGAAGCAUAGUUUUUAGUUGUAAUAAAAGAUUGUCUUUUAUUUACAAAUGUGUUUUGCUUAUUACCCAGAUUUUCGUUGAUCCGGAUAAACGAGGUUCUACUGUAUAAUAAAAUAAACAAUAUUUUCCUCAUAAAAGGAAGGGUAAUUCCAUGUUUUAAAUAAUCAUGUGACUAGGCAUUAAUGGUUGCGUAAGUCAGCUAAAUUUGUGUACGUAAACUUCUUUUAAGACGACUCUGCUGCUUUUACAGCUAUCGGUAAAAGAUUCUACACAUAUGAAGCAGUGAGAAGCAAAGGGAUGUAAGUGGUAUUUAUAGUUUCGAGGAAAACUCGUUUAAAGAUAAGAUCCUCGUUAGGCUUUCAUUGAAUUUUUUUUCUAAAUCAUGCUAUACAGCAGCGCCUACCAGGGCUACUAGUGCAAUCUCUUGACCCAAGACAGAGGAGAGAUUCACCUGCCAUUUGUACUGGUUAUCUCUAAAUUUUUAAUUUUGCCACUUACAUCCCUUUGCUUCUCACUGCCUCAUAUGUGAACAUUUCUUUAAAAAAAAAAUUGAAAAUCAUCAAUGUUCUGUAAUGACAUUUAAUCAUAGUAGCAUCUAAUUUCACAUUUUCAGUAACCAAUGUAAUCUUAACUGGGAAAGGUACAAAAAAUAUUUUGCCGUACAUAAUGUACCUGACUGCAUUUUUGAACGAGUUAUAGAUACAAUUUCUAGAAUCAUGUGUAGUGAGUGCAUCUUGUGGCAGAGAAUAUGAAAUAAUUUUCACAGUUUUAAAUUGUGCUCUAAUUGCGUUGAUGUUUAUAUGUAUAUAAUCUAUAUAUAUAUAUAAUUAUGCCUUUUGAACUUUUUAUCUAAUUUGAUUAUAUAUUUAUUUCUUGUAAUUUUUUGUUCAAUAAAAGUGUGUA